UAUUUGAAUCAUUUGUGGAUUAUGUGGCAGUGGAACAGCUGGAUGGUGACAACAAGUACGAUGCCGGGGAGCAUGGCCUGCAGGAAGCAGAGAAAGGUGUGAAAUUCCUAACGUUGCCACCAGUGCUACAUCUGCAGCUGAUGAGAUUUAUGUACGACCCUCAGACGGACCAAAAUAUCAAGAUCAACGAUAGGUUUGAGUUUCCAGAGCAGUUACCACUCGAUGAGUUUUUGCAGAAGACAGACCCCAAGGACCCUGCGAAUUACAUCCUGCAUGCCGUCCUGGUUCACAGUGGAGACAACCAUGGCGGACACUAUGUGGUUUAUCUAAACCCCAAGGGGGACGGCAAAUGGUGCAAGUUUGAUGAUGAUGUGGUCUCCAGGUGUACUAAGGAAGAGGCGAUCGAGCACAAUUACGGGGGUCAUGACGAUGACCUCUCUGUGCGACACUGCACUAAUGCCUAUAUGUUAGUGUAUAUCAGGGAAUCAAAGCUAAGUGAAGUUUUACAAGCUGUCACAGACCAUGAUAUUCCUCAGCAGUUGGUGGAACGAUUGCAAGAAGAGAAAAGGAUCGAGGCUCAGAAGCGGAAGGAACGGCAGGAGGCCCAUCUCUACAUGCAAGUGCAG